AUGGUAGUGGGCCUAAACUCUAUUAGACACAACCUGUCCCUGCACAGCAAGUUCAUUAAAGUCCAUAAUGAAGCCACAGGAAAGAGCUCUUGGUGGAUGCUCAAUCCUGAGGGUGGUAAAAGUGGAAAAGCACCAAGAAGAAGAGCUGCCUCCAUGGACAACAGCAGCAAACUUGCAAAAGUCAGAGGUAAAGCAUCCAAGAAGAAGCCUCCUCUCCAGUCUGCUCCAGAAUCCACUGCUGACAGUCCUGGCUCCCAGUUCCCUAAGUGGCCUGGGAGCCCAUCCUCAAGAAGCAAUGAGGACUCUGAUGUGUGGAACACCUUCCGGCCUCGAACCAGCUCCAAUGCAAGCACCAUCAGUGCAAGGCUGUCUCCUAUCCUGACAGAGCAGGAUGACCUCCAUGAUGAAGAGUUGCUUCCUUCUCUAGUGUACUCCAGUGCAUCCAGCAACGUUCCACCAACUGUGACUGAGGAGCUUGAGCUCAUCGAUGGGUUAAAUUUGAUGUCCCCCAGCUCAUCUGUGUUAUCUACCCAGCAAUCUGCCUCGAGUGGUCAGAUCCAGAGAGAUUCCAGCUUUUCCUUGCGGAGCUCAAAUGCAGCUGGUCACACUGCUACUUUUGGCAAUUCCUUGUUUAACCCUGUUGAAAUCUCACUGCAAAGUUCUGUCAGCCAUUUCUCUGGCCCUUCGACCUUGGAAGCCCUUCUGACACCCAACUCUCCACCUCCAAGGGAUGUUAUGAUGACUCAGGUGGAUCCAGUUCUUCCGCAGACUGGUAACAGGAUGAGCAGCCAAACUCUUCUUCUUCUAGGUGGACAAGCCACCCAGAGUAAGAUGAGCUCAGGCAAUCCACGAGGAAAGCCUGCAGAGCAGCAGUCAGAAUCAGUUGGUGCCACUGCCCAACAGGUACUGGGCAGUCCAUUGCUUCUUUCUUCUGCUAGCCCUGCUCCCCUGGGAUUCAACCAGGACAGGCUACCCAUCGACCUGGACGUUGAUAUGUACAUGGAGAACCUUGAAUGUGAUAUGGAUUACAUAAUCAACAGUGAACUCAUGGAUGGAGAAGGACUGGACUUUAAUUUUGAACCCAUUCUCUCUACUCCCAGCUAUCCCAGCACCUCACAGGCCUCCAGCCAUACCUGGGUACCAAGUUAA